AUGGCAGACCUCGCUAUCGCCGUCAACAACCUCGACUUUGCCUAUGCACAGCUGAACGCCCCGGCGAGACCGGUCUUGCACGACGUUACGCUCAACUUGCCGAAGGGGAGUCGGUGCUUGCUUGUCGGCGCGAACGGCGCGGGAAAAUCAACGCUUCUCCAGAUCCUCGCCGGCAAGCGCCUCACACGGAGCAACGCCAAAGUACUCGGCAACGACGUCUUCUUCAAGACGCCGGACGGCGUAACUUACCUUGGAACGGAGUGGGCGUCGAACCCGGUCGUGCGAAGCGAUCUCGAGGUCGCGCACUUCCUCGACUCAGUCGGCGGGUAUCGGUACAAGGAGAGGCGAGAUCGCCUGCUCGACAUCCUCGACGUCGACUUGGCUUGGCACAUGCACGAGGUUUCGGACGGCGAGAGGCGGCGGGUGCAGAUCGUGAGCGGGUUGAUGGCUCCGUGGGAUCUGUUGCUGCUCGACGAGGUCACCGUCGACCUCGACGUCCUCGUCCGCUCCCGCCUGCUCGCCUUCCUCGCCGAGGAGACCCAAACCCGCGGCGCCACCAUCGUCUACGCCUCGCACAUCUUCGACGGAAUGGACUCGUGGCCGACUCACUUGUGCCACAUCCAGCUCGGGUCGACCGUCGCGCCUUCGCCGCUUAGCUGGCCGCUCACGGGAGCGCAAGGGGAAGACGAAGCGGUUCCGGCUGAGGUGAGGGAGCGGAUGAUGGACCCUGACAGGAGCGGGAGCAGGCUGCUUGAGCUCGCGGUGCACUGGUUGGAGAUUGACAAGAAGAUGCGCAUCGAGAAGGAGAUUCGUGAGGGCGGGAAGCAGAAGCGCGGUGCGACUGGCGCGGCGAACGGAGUGGUGACGGACAGCGAGGCGUUCUACCGCAAGUACGACUACUCGCACUGA